CGGGCGGGGAAGGGAGCUUCAUGUCCCAUCCUCUGCCCUCACCCAAAAUGGCCGCGGGCGCGUCCGUCCAUCCCUGAGGCGGGACCAGCGCUGAGGGCGCGGGACGCGGAGGCGGCCGCGGAUCCUUUUAGAACGCGGCUGGAGGCCGGGCAGUGAGAUUUCAUGAGUCAAACUGGGCUGUUGGGAGUUUCUUUUGAAGAUGUACAUGUUGGUUGAAAAACGCACAAAUUCCCAUCUUCACCUGAAGAGGUCACCUGGCAUCCGAUCCUGGUCUCUCUGUGUUGGAAUAGCCUCCAUAGGUUUGGCUGCUGCUUAUUAUAGUGCAGACAGCUUGGCAUGGAAGCUCUUCUACAUGGCUGGGUGUUUCUUUGUGGCAGCCCAGAAUCUGGAGCAGUGGGAGGAAGCUGUAUUUGAUAAAAACAAGGGAACAAUCUGCCUAAAGACAUUCAACCUCUACAAAAAAAUACUGACCUUGUCAAAAGGAGGCAAUGAACAAGUGGUGGCCGUGCUGAGCGAGAUCCGCGAUGUGAACGUGGAGGAGGAGGCCGUGCGCUAUUUCGGGAAGGGUUACCUGGUUGUGCUGCGCUUCGUCACCGGAUUCUCGCACCCGCUCACCCAGAGCGCCGUGCUGGGCUGCAGGAGUGAUGUGGAAGCAGUUGCCAAACUCAUUACAAAUUUUCUGGAACUGGACAGAGUAGAGACCCCACAAGAUUUCUCCCAGAGCAGCGAAACAGAGGCAAGUGAUGCAGAUGAACCCACAGGUUAAAUGCUGAUAGUCAUUGUGAACUGAAGCAAGCAGAGGCUUUCACACAUUUGGAAAAUAUUCUGAUUGUUCUUCAGAAAAAGAAACCCCUCACAACCUUGACCUGGGCAUUUCUCAACGUGUGCAUUUACAACGGGUGGAAUCUGUCGUAGUUUAGUGUUAAACUGCUUCAAGACCCUGCAUGUGGACACUGCUGGCUUUUGAACUUCUGUCACGUCUUCAAACUUGUCUAGGAAUAGUUAUUUAUUAAGGAAUUGGUUUGAAAUAAUUGCUUUUCCAUUAAUGAAAAUACAGAUGUGAACUUCUGCUUACUGCAAACAUUUGCUGCAGGUACAGUAUAUGCAAUGUAGAAGAGUUGAAUUUGUAACUCAUAACACAAUGCUUUGAGGUUUCCCCUUUAAUAUAUGCAAUUAGGAGAUGCAGAGUAGUGGCACUUUUAUGUUCUCUACUACUGACUUGCCAUUGGAUAUCUGUGGAAAUUAAAGUCUGAGUGCCUCUCUUGGAAUUUUAAACAUCAGGUUGAUCAACUUGUAACGGUGUCUUAACUUAUCUCAGACUCACCAAGGAGCCAUAAAUAGGAAAGGAAAAAGGAUCAUGAUGAAAUUUUUUUGGGAUGCUCUACCUUAAUCCUGUUCUGAGCAGGACAGAGCAAUCUUUUUCUAGACCUCAAUGUUUACUAUUUAAACUAUGUAUUUAGAAAUUAAGCAGGGACAUGUGUAACUUUAGGUAGGGAACAGACUGCUGUCAAACAAGGUGGUAGCUUAGAGUUGUUGAGUAUUUCCUCACUUGAAAUGAUACCGAAGUGCUGAAUAAGAACUUUUUUUAAAGUAGGUAGCAUAGACUAAAUGUCUGACUUGUACCUGUGUUUUACUUCAGGUAUGUGGUGUCUUCUGUUCUGACCAAUGGUUUCACAAAUAGUUAAAAUAUAAAUUUUUUCAAGGUAUUUCUGAAGUAAAAGCUACCUCUCUUAGUCAACAUAUUCUGUCUAGAGCUAGAACUCCAUCAUGCUUACAUUAACAUAUACAAGAAAAAAUUGUAAAAAGCUGCAAGUUCCUUCAGCAUGCUACAGCUGCUUGUACUGAAGUUCACUAGGUUUUAUUUAGGAAUCUUAUGGUCUUUAGAUUUAGGAAAUAUUUACACAGUUACAUCUAGGAGAUAUGAACAGGGUACGAGGUGACUGUGUUGUCUGCUUUCACUGUUGGCCAGCAGCAAAUGUCUCCUGUCAGCAGUUUCUUCAGAAUUUAAAAGAGCCUGUGUUCUUGUUUCCAAUCACUCUACCUCUACAGAGAGAAGGCUCUGGAAAGUUCUUGGUAGAAGGCAUAUCCUGUUGUGUGUUCAGUUUGGUCUGAAGCUGAGCACCUGCUCAUCAAAGAUUUCCUUUCCAGCCGUUCAGACCCAGGAUGUGAGCAGAGGCUGAGGCUGCUGCUGUCAGGGGAAGGUGCUCACACUGCAGGUUGUUGAUGUAGCUUACCUGCAGCACAGAACUAGGUCUGUUUCCUUUAAAUGAGGUAAAAAACUUGUAAUCAUGUCAGGUAUUGGUACAGACCUCUGCCAGUACAUGUUCCUAAAAGUCCUCUGAGUUGUUGGGGUAAUCAUGGGGCUUUUGGUGCCUACCCCACACCACUGGAAACUGGGAAGCUGCCAUGUAUGAACGUGGGAAAAUUAGGUUGCAGACAAUUAGCUUAAUUUGCCUUUAUUCUCCAGCACAGCUGUAGGCUAAGCAUAAUCAUCAAACCUGUUUAAAAAAUAUUGCAGGGUGUAACACUUUGUAGAGUUCCUCAUUUAAAUCCACUGUAAUGUAUACCCCAGGUGAUGCUUAUUUUAGAGAGAGGAGAAUGAGACUGGGGAUUUGGAGAACUCUUUUUUUUCCCCACACUGUAAAAUGAGAAUGGUGAGUGUUCUAAGGACUUGCAGUAGGAAGUACUGUCCUAGAGUAUGCGAUGGUACAGUGUAAGCACAAGGGCUCAGUGUGUGGUAGCUGCUGCUUUGUAUCAAGGAUACUCAGAGGGCAUUGUGGUGUGCAUUGCACUUACUCUGAGCCCGUGGAGUGGACCAUGGAUAAACCAGACAAACUACCUGCCUUCAGUCUCAGCUCUGUAUUUCAUUUGUAUUCCCAUGAGAGCUGACAUUCCAUGGAAGAUAUAAGCCACACUGUAGUUCUCCAGUUAAAAAUCAGCUUUUGAGAGGUACGUCUGCUGGUCUGACCCUGCACUGCAUCCUGUGUCCUGCUUCUGCUGAGCUGCAGUGCAUCCAGCUUGCUGUGCAUUCAUGGUGUUAGUCAUGUCUACACUUACAGACUAUGCAAUAUCUGAGACAAAGACUAAAACAAUGGAAAGAAAUUGAGAAUAUGGAAAGGUACAAAGGUAUAGUAAGGUACAAUGUAACUCGAAAUACAUGCUGUGGAGUAAGCUGUAUGUUGGGUUGAUGUCAGUGAUCAGCUCUUUAGAGGUGUUUCCCAGUAUCCUCCUCACCCCUCAUUAUCCUGCUGUGUUAGGAGAGGGAUGGCUGCUGCCAUGCACUGUGUCUAGGAGGAAUUUUAACUCCUCAGCCUUUCCCUUGGCCAGCUGGUGCCAUCCUCUCUGGUGCCAUUUCCAUUUUGCAUUUGGCAGCUCUCACUGUACCGACACGUCAGUUUCAGUGGGGACCUGUGUUCUGUAGUCUGGGCUAGCAGGAUGGGGCCCUGAGGACAUUGUGGCAGGCUGUGGGUGCUGCCUGUGGGGAUGUGUCAGGCACUGCUGGCUGACCCACCCAGGAGCUUCCUGUGGCACUGAUCCGUCUGAGCCUGGCAGAGACACUGCACCAGUGUUAGCACAGGCUGAUGGGGUUUUCUCUUGUGUUUCUCUUGAUCCACAUGUGGAGCUUCUUGCCCUCUAAAACUUUGUAGCUGGAAGACAUGGCCAGAUGCAAUGCAGUACCUGUGCAUGUACAGUGAACAGCCACUGCUGUUCUCACGGGUUUGGUCGGGGCAGUGUCUGUGCACUCCUCAGCCAUGGGAUCAGCCUGAAGAGCUGGGGAAGGCAGGUGCAGCUCAGGACAGGUCCACUCUUCCUUGGACGAGUCCUUUCUCAUCCUCCUUUUCUGCCACUUCUCACCAUUCUGCUGAAGGCUUUCCUGGAUGGUUUUCCUCACUCCUGUUGGGCCCAGCAAAGGCCCAGUAAACAGAGCCUUACAUGUGCCUGCUGUGAAGUGACUUGGACUCAAAGGACUGACAUGAAAGACUCAUUUUGCUUAGGACAUCAGGUACUCCUAGGAGACUCACAGGUGUAGUCAUCAACUUCUGCAUCCCAGGCUAUCGAGAGAUUUGUGCCUGGACAGCUGCAGUUUGCAGUUCUCAAUGAUGUGAAAAGCUGCAUAGCAGACCUUAGAUGAGCUCAAACAGCCUGACCCCUAAAGCAAAGCCCUGGGUCAUGUCCUUCACUGUAACUGCGUGGUCAGUGCCACUUGCAGGUGCUUCAGCUCAUGCAGGGGCAGCACAGUGGAGCUCCUUGCGUGGCUGUGGUGGGAUGGACUGGGGCUGUGGCUGCUGCAGUGAGCAAAAGCCAGAGUGCAGCUGUGCAGAGGGACAGCACUGCUCUGUGUAACCUCAUAUUCCAGUACUUCACAAUGAAAUAUUCCAUACCUGCCAUCAGCUGUGCAGGUCUCAAAGAAAAUCCAGAUAUUUAUAGUUGAGAUCUGACUCUCGAGCUGUAUUUAUGAAGUUACACAGAUACCAAAACCUCAGCUUGCUCACAUAAUAAAUAAAAAGUGCUAGUUCUGACAGUGUCAUAGAUGGCUAGGAGGCAAAAAUACUUCUGGAAAAUGUUUAGAAAUUGCCUUUUUUUUUUAACUUUAAAAUUGCAAGUAGAAUUUCAGCAAGGCCUUGUUGUGUUGUCUUUUUUAAAAAAAAGUUCAUUGAUAAAAUCAACUUUGAUAACUUGUUUUGCAUCGCUGUAGUAUUUUGUAUUGUUUUUAAUUAAAAUUAUUAAAAUAUGAA